AUGCAGCCCUUCUCCGUCCUCGCCCUGGCUGGCGUCGCCUUGGCUGCCAAGUGCAUCCCCAAGGGCGACCCGUUUGCCAUCAUCGACAAGCAGGAAUGGGUCAACCCGGACGACAUGACCUGGGCCGACUUUAAGCCACCGCCCGGCACCAACUGGAGCGAUCCCACGCGCAAGGGCGCCGCGCGCAACUUCAACAUUGCCCUCGUGCUGCUCGACUACGAAGACCAGCCCUUUGUCAUCACUCAGCCACCCGGCUCGACCGUCUUUGGCAACCCCCAGCCGCUGGCGGCCAACGUCCCCCACUACGACGUCCCGGCCUUCUACAGGGAUCUGCUCAACACGCCCAGCGAGCUCAACCAGGGCCACACCCUGCACGAGUACUGGAUGGAGGACUCGGCUGGCAAGUACGGCGUGGAUCUGACGGCCUUUGGCGCGUACCGGAUGCCCAACCGGGCGUUCCAGUACGGCAUCGACGACAGGAUGAACCCGGGCUCGUGUCCCGGCAACGCCACCUGCAACCUGAACAUUCGCACGGACGGCCUCGCACUCUGGCGCGAGGACGUGGGCGAUGAUGUCGCCGACGCCUUUGAGCUCGUCUUCAUCCUCUCCGCCGGUCAGGACGAGUCCGGCACCUGGCAGGAGUUUGGCAUCAUGAAGUGGGCCGACAGCGACGACGUGCCCGACGCCUUUGGCCCGCCCGCCGACGUCCGCGACGACGACGACGACGACCCCAACAAUGCCGGCACCACGCGCUACGUCCCCUGGACGUCGUGGGCCUCGGCCGCGAGCAUCUGGCCCAAUGCCGGCGGGGGCUCCUCGACGCAGGCCGAGAGCUCGGGCAUGGGCGUCUACGCGCACGAGCUCAGCCACCUGCUCGACAUUGGCGACAACUACAACAACCCGUACGGCGACCCGCUGCGUCGCUCCUUUACGGGGUCCUGGUCCAUGAUGAGCCGCGGGAGCUUCAACGGGCCUGGUGGCCCGCACACCCGCUGGCAGAUUCCCGCCAUGCAGGGCGCGGCCAUGGGAUCCCUCCACACCGUCCGCGACAAGUACCAGCUCGGCCUCAUGGACGAGCACAAGCUCCUGCGCCUGUCCAAGGACGGUCUCGCCGCGUCUGGCCUUGUCAUUGCCCGCCUCACGGCGCGCUCCGUCGAGUCGAACCUCAUGGGUCUGCGCGUGGAGAUGGGCGAGGACCUGGCGCCGGCGUGCGACACGGAGACAGAUGUCUUUUGUGAUGGGGGCGGCUACGACAACUACGAGAUGGAGGUCGUGGACCGCAUGGGCGCCGACUCGUUCCAGCCCGACGCGGGCGUCAUGCUCAGCAAGUCCAGGGACGCGGACAACCGGCAGCCGUUCCAGUGGAUGAUUGACGCCAACCCGGAGGACAUUGCGCUGGUGGACUAUGUGAGCCCCGCAGGGGAGGAGGUCAUGAUCACCCUGGGUGACUAUCGCCAGCUGGCCGACGCACUCUUCCACGCUGGCACGCGCUCGGGUAGUGCGUACGAGCACGUUGACGAGCCCAACGGCCUGCACUUUUAUAUUCUGGACGUGCAGCGCGACAAGGAGGGUGUGUUGUCCUACCUCGUCGGGGUCAGGGCCCUCGCGAGCCGUAGCGCGAGUGAAUUUGGCGUGGCUCUCCAGGACGGCCAUCCCAUCGGUGGCCGAGGCAACACGCCGACUACAAAGGGCGUCUUCUGCUCCUUCGACCUGACCAACAGCGGCAGCUACGUCGAGGGCGGUGAGCAUCCGGACGAUGCGUCCGAGUACCUAGGCAGCGACAUCUUCCGACUCGAGGCUACCGUGGACGGCGAGGGGUGGAGGGUCGAGGUCCCCCACGCCCUUGUUGCUGCCAAGUUUGGCGAGACCGUCAGCGCCAACGUCGCCGUCGGCGCGAUGGACGAUGCGGAGGAUGAGGGUGUCGUCACGGUCACGGUCACGUCGGAGUCGGACGGCAAGGUCAACGCGACCGCGGAAUGCCGCGUGUCCAAGGAGUAA